GUAAAAUAUAAAAAAUAUAGGUAUCAAAUCGUAAUUCCAUGGAUUGAUCCAUGAAUCCACCAAUCUAAUUGGAUCUAAAUUAAAUGGAUUGGAUUAGCUAGAUAAUUUGAUGGAUGGAUUUAGAUCCUCAUUGCCACAUCUACUUCCUUUCCUUAGGGAACAGGACUUCGUCCGGGAGAAGGAAAAAAUCUCACGCGUCGAAGCCGCCCCGAUUGGAUCAAAGAGUCGUGGUCAAAGGGAGUCGGUCGGAGCAUAUAUACCUGUCCAAGCAGAACGCAAACUAGAAUCCCAUUUCUUUUUAUUAUCUAUAUAUACGUCAGACACCAUCUUCGAUCUUCUUCUCUCCAACUACUCCAUUACUUUGCCUUCAAACCUCCUUUAAAGUUUAAACCACCACUUGCUUCUUCUUCUUCUUCUUCUUCCUUGCCUGUCUCUCCUAGUUGAAACCUUCGCCGGCCGUUCCUUCUUCGUGAUCCGUUCAGGUAUACUUUAGAUACUAUUCUCCGGCGCCAAGAUGACUCAAAACGAUCACCGCUCAGCUGCCGCAGCCACCUCCGGAGCGCCAUCUUUCUACCCUCAACUGCCACAAUCAAGCGGCUCGUACGUCGUCGGAGCCCCACCGCCGAUCGGCUACCCGACCCGUGACUCCACCGCUCAGUUCAACGGCGCAGUUCCGGUGGAGACCAAGUCAAGGGGCGAUGGCUUCUGGAAGGGCUGUUGCGCUGCAUUGUGCUGCUGUUGUGUGUUGGACGCGUGUUUCUGAUUUUGAGGAGCCGUGACAGAAGAAGUCAUCCCCAGUUGCUGAUGAUUGGUCUUCUUCUUCCUCGUCAUCAUCGUGGACCUGAUCGUCAAUAUUUUGUUGUUUUGGUGUUAACUUCUUUAUAUACUUUGUUGUGUGAUGAGUUUUUGUUUGUUUAUGAUCAUUAUGUAAAAUAAAUGUUGUAAUUUAGUUUGCCACCAUCUUGUUUGUGGAGCUUUGCUUUUGUGUAUAUUCAUUUGAUAGAAAUCAGAUUCAUUUGGCGAUUUAUGAAGUGUUCAAUGUUCAUAUUAAAGUUCGAGUAAGGUAAAUUACAAUCAUUACAUAAUUCGUAAGAGAUAGCAUAUAGCCACAUACAAUGACAUGAAAUCAGCUUCAAAUCGUAAAAUAAAUUGAUUAGUUGAUA